UCAGCUAUCGGCAUCGCCUUCCUAUCCAGGAGACCAGGACGACGCAGCCGAGCCAACCAUGGCAGCGGGGCCCACCCCAUCCACCGCGGCGUCGUUCCGGCCGCCGCUCCCGCCGCCGCCGCCGUGCUUCGACUACAGGGAGGCCAUGCUGGGCCACACGCGGGCGGCCGCCGUGACCGCCGCGGACCCGGCGCUGGCCGCGCUGGUCGAGUCCGGCGCGCUGGUGCGCGUGCCCCGGCGCCGGUUCGGGCCCGUGCCGGCGUGGCGCCCGCCGGACUUCGUCGAGCCAGAGGACGUCUGGAUCCUCGGGACGUCCCACCUCUCCGAGCAGUCCGUCGCCGACGUCGAGCGGGUGCUCCUCGCCGUCCGCCCGGACAACGUCGUCGUCGAGCUCUGCCGGAGCAGAGCUGGAAUCAUGUACGCGGCCACCGCCGAUUCUUCCGCCGGCGACGGCGAGCCGCUCCUCAAAUCCAACAUGUUCUCCCUCGGCGGCUCCAAGUUCUUCGGAGCCAUCAACCGGAGCAUCAAUCUGGGUGGACAGACUGCACUUGCUCUGCGUCUGCUCCUGGCCGUUUUCUCCUCAAAGAUCUCUUCUGGUGCAAACCGUCCCUUCGGAGAAGAGUUCCGAGCUGCUAGGAAGGUGUCUGAAGAUCUUGGUGCUCAACUCGUUCUUGGGGAUCGUCCAAUUGAAAUAACUCUUGAACGGGCUUGGAAAUCCCUUAGCUGGGAUGAAAAGACUAAAUUGGUAGCCUCAUUGUUCCGAGGAAUUACAUCUACUACUGACACACCUGAUGAGAAAGCUGCAGGCAGCCCAUACGAAUUGUAUGAAAAACUGAGCAUCUCAUAUCCCUCACUGCUGCAACCGCUGAUACAUGAGCGUGACAUGUUCCUUGCAUGGUCCCUGAAGAGGAGUAAAGCUGUGAACAAGAGCAAGACAGUUGUUGGGAUAGUAGGAAAAGGACAUAUGAAUGGUGUGGUGUAUGCACUGAUCUCUGAUCAAGGAGACUUGAGAUUUCGUGACCUUGUUGGUAGAGCAUCAUCUGACACUUGGGCAAGCUCACUUAUCAAAGGACUGGUCAGAGAUACAAUAAUAGGCAUUGUACUCUGGGCGCUAUAUGAACAGUUGCAGGCUGUUAUCUAAGUUGAAAUGAAAGCUCUAACAUGGUAACCUUCUUUUACGGGGCAAUUAAUUUUUCUCCACUAGUAUCACGUUUACAUAUUUAUCGCUUCAUGAUUAUGACAUAUGGGUCUACGAGUGGAGGCCCAAGAUCUAACAGUUGCCUCGCUAACGAGCCCAGAAGAGGCUCCGUAGCCAUGUAUGAUUUUAAGGGCACCUCCAUUGAGGUGCUAAAUAGAUGUGCUUAAAUAUGUUUUUAAGUAUAGUGCUGAGCUAACGCUGCUUUUAAGCAUAUUCUUAAGCACUUAGCAUUGUAAGUGCCCUAAGGAAAAAAAAUAUCAAGGAUGAUUUACAGCAA